AGCGCCUGCUGCCCGCCCAUCACGGACCGCUACCCAAUAGGGGCGGGCGCCGGAAGCGGGCCGUGCGCUGAGACGUCACGGCGUGACGCCGUCGGUGCCCAUGGCAGAGGGCAGAGGACGGGGCGGAGGGGGGCGAUGGCCUCGUCGGCCUCGUCCGUGGUGAGGGCCACGGUGCGCGCCGUCAGCAAGCGGAAGAUCCAGGCUACGCGCGCCGCCCUCACCCUGACCCCAUCAGCUGUUCAGAAGAUAAAAGAGCUUCUUAAAGAUAAACCUGAGCAUGUAGGCGUGAAAGUAGGUGUUCGCACAAGAGGAUGCAAUGGACUUUCUUACACAUUAGAAUAUACAAAAUCAAAAGGAGACUCUGAUGAAGAAGUAGUUCAAGAUGGGGUUAGAGUGUUUAUUGAGAAGAAGGCACAGCUGACGCUUUUAGGCACUGAAAUGGACUAUGUAGAAGACAAACUGUCCAGUGAAUUUGUCUUCAAUAAUCCAAACAUCAAAGGAACAUGUGGCUGUGGAGAAAGCUUUAACAUCUGAAAUCUGAGGACUACUUAUUGGACUUUGAACACCCCAGAACACUUAUUGUUAUGCUUUCAGAAGCAAAUGCAUUUUCUGCAGGUUCGUAGGCUGCAAUAAAGUGGGGAUAUCAUUAAGUGGGGAUACCAUUAAGAGAAAUAAAUCAUUCUGAAAAUGUAUAUUGUGUGUUAAAUUCUACCACUGACAUAGUUAUGCUGUGAUUUGUGAUGAGUUGGGAUCGAAAAGGUAAGAACAGUAAGUGCUGUAGUAACAUCUCUGUAAUUUCACAUGACAAGGAAAUAAAAUGUCACUGUUCUUUUCCUUUGUCAUUUUCUUUGUCCACUCUGUUCACACUUGCCUAUCCAAAACCCAUUUGAAAUAAUAUAUUGCUUAUGUGUUGUUGAUUUGAGGGGUGGAAAAAAAAACCCACAACUAUUUCUAUGUAUUUUUUUUUACAUAGGCACACAGUCCUCAGCUUCAGAGUUCACCAUGAUUAUGUAGAUGCUUUGUUUUUGCAGUUUUCUAGUGCUUUCAUCUUUUUAAGUGUGGGUUUUCUAGUGGUUUAUUUUCCCAUAUAUCCCAGGAAAUCAAAAAAGAAGUUCAUGUAUUAAUAUAGUGGUAGGCUACCAUAGCACUGCUUGUAGAAAUACUUCAAAAUGGACUAACCCAGUUUUAAUUCUGUUCCAUUCCUUGCAGAAGGUACAUUUUCUGCUGUACUUAGUAAUUUUCAAGAAUACAAAAUACAUUGGGGCACUUGAGUACUAAAGUAGGAUACACACUGACUUAGUUUCUCACAUUUGUGAGAAAUUGUUCUUGACUUAAAUUGUUCUUGACUUAAAUUGUUCUUGACUUAAAUUGUUCUUGACUUAAAUUGUUCUUGACUUAAAUUGUGAAGUUGGUAGAACUGCCUCUAGAUUAUGGUUCUCCAUGUUCACAGAAUGUACUGUCUGUGCACCACAAGCUAUGGACACUUAUUUUUUGAGAGAAAUCUUACACUUUUCAUUACACUUUUUUUGCAGUCAUGUCUACUACUAAUUUUGUUACAGCUUGAACUCUCUAUAGGUAUGGUAGUUUAUGUUUAUCUCCUGUAUUAACUUGGUACCAGGAGAAAAAGGCAUUGAUAAUUUGAAGUUUUAAAGUAUUUCAUAGUUGUUUUAAAUGACUCUAGACAGUAAUUAAAAUAUCAUGUUUAUAGGAGGCUGUUUUUUCUUCUGAAUCUCAACUUUCUCCAAAACUUUGUAAACCUGUGUUUUUCAAGCUAAUAAGGUCUUCAGCACUUCCUCCACUGGUGCUCAGGCAGAAGUGGAAGUUUAUAUGUCUUCCCAGGCUUCCCCAAAAGCUGGUAGAAGAGAAGGGCUGUUCCAGCCUUUUGUCUCCUGCUUUUCUGAUUGUCCAAAGAUGACCUUGGGCAGCUGAGCUGCUCCGUUGUGUGGAACAGGAGGUAAAGUGUCCGCCUGGGCAAGUGAUGGGAACAGCUGGUGAAAAGGGUGCAAAUAAAAAGUAGCGGACAACAGAGAUCUUGCCAUCAAAGACAAGAAGGUGUUGAGAUGGGGGUGAUUUGAGAGUAUUAAGGCCAGAUGUUGAAAACCUGGAGGUCAAGUACCCAUAUGCUGUAAAGAACUUUGGAAUAGUAAUGUGCUAGAGACAUAGAAUGGCAGCUACAUUUUUAUCCUUCUGCCUAGACCUUUACCCAAGCCAUUUAGAAAUACAUGUAUAGGGAAGAAAAAAAAAUAAAAAAAAUAAUAAUUCUAGGUGUGUUUUAUGUAGUGCACAGGAACAGAAGGUCAGAAUUUCCACACCUAAGGUUUAAUGCUAAAUACUUGAAUUUUUGUUGUAUACUAUAUCACCUUUUUUAAUGUAAAAACACUACUUCCUUCAACAGUCAAUUGUUGUGCAUAGUUAAUUUACAUAGUAAUGCCUGCAUUCCUGGGAAUAUACUGGUUAAGUGCAUUUAUAGUGCUGUAAUUCUUUCAGUCUUGCUAAACAAAAAAACCACAGUUAAUGUGAUAUAGCUGAAUCAAUAUGUUUAAAGGUCCAAGCUAAGGGCAUUUCCUCGGAUGGCAUUUCUGUGUGUCUCGCAAGUGGGUAAGACUUGGAAUGUGGUUUGGCUGGCAGUUGCUAGGAAUGCUAGUACGUACUCAUUUAACUUGUUUUGGGGUGGUGAGGGGGAUGGGACUGGUUUGGGGUUUGUUUAGACAUGUGGCACCUAUAGCAAUCCUUUGUUUUGUGUACAUGCAUUGAAUGAAAGUUUGCAUUUUCAUGCUCCCAUGAAAUAAUCCUCUGAAUUGUCACUUUACUAAGACACCUCACGCACAACGUGUUGAAAUUCUGUUAAAGCGCUAUUUACAGUUGCACAAAAUUUGGUUUUGUUGGUUGGUCCAUUAUAAUUUUGUGCAGUACUCUAUGUAGACUUAUCAGUUACAAUAAUAAAUAUUGCCUGUUGGUGAGCAUGAAA